AUUUCACAUUCUGUUGUACGCUCAUGCUCGAUCGCACAUCAGUUCGCAUUCAGUUCGUGUUAAGCUAAAUAAUUUAUUAACAAAUAAUUUGUAAGUGUUCCUGAGUUCAAGUUUUAUAACUUGUGUUCUGAUUUUUUUAUUCAUCCUGCAUCCAAGAGGAGGAAUGCCAAGUGACUGUCGGGACUGUUUGGGAAUUCGUUUUCGAAUUAACACCCUGCACCAAACCUGGAAGUGGCUGCAUCAGACAAUCGCCCUACAUGAAUACUUGAUCUCCCUCUCUUCGGCAGACACUGACGCCGGAUUUUCUAUGCAUUAAUGUGUUUACCAUUUUAGUGCUUCUG